AUGUCGGAUGACGAGGUGAAGCUGGUGCGGGUGCCCGUUCGAGAGCUUAAGACAGCCAUGCACGGGGCUAGAACAGCGCUAGACGAGAACCGCCGACUGACAGCGGAGCUGGAGCAGUUCGAGGAGGAGGCGAAGGAGCUUGAGCUCAAGCUCCUCAAGCGACAGCAUCAACUGGACUGCUGCAGUGGGUCACGCGUGGAGAAUCGACCGUAUCGACCUGGUGACAUGCUUAAGUCUGCGCCUAGACGUCCACGGCCAAAGAGCGAAAUGUUUAGCGCUAGCAUGCACAAUCUCAUCGAAGAGCAGGCCGAGACACUCAACCAGCUCGCAGAUCGAGAGGAAAACCUCCGCGCUCUUAUGGAUGCGAUGCGUGAGAUCUCCCGAGCGUCUGACGCCCCGGACGUUGUGAGCAACGCGCUUCGUGCAGCACAGCACGUUCUCCAGGCAGAGAAAUACACGGUGGGUAUCCUCAAUGAAAAGAAAGAUCGUGUAGAGCUGUACUCCAACCCACCAAUGGAGUUACCCGGUAAGCGCUAUCUCAUCGAGGAAGGCAGUGCUCUCGUCGACUCAGCCACUACGUUUGGUCGCGUCGUGUUGACAGGAACACCUCUCGAGGUCGCAGACGUCAGCGGCUCUGAGGUCAUCGACGUGUUUGAAGAGCAGAUGCAAGUGCUUGAGUUCGAGCCAGAAGCUCUGCUUUGUGCCCCCAUUUUUAACGUCCACGGAGUAUUAGUCGGCGUCUUCCAGGUCAUUACUCGCAAGAUACUACCCGAGGAAGGCCAUGCUACUCCAUCAGAGUCUCAGUGGUAUCCGUCUACUCCUCGUACAGCUCUAUCAAGGCUUGGUCGUAACCAGGAAGCGCAACAAAAAGGAGCUUUUGAUGCACGCGACAAAGAGAACUUCGACUACAUCUGCGUUUCUGCGGGGACGGCCUUAUGGAACUUAUCGCUGGCCAAAGCCCAUCAAGCCAUGCAGAGUCGCAUCGAGUGUCUUCUUAAACUUAAUCGCAACAUCGCAGCCGAGGUCAGCGCUUCAGCCGUACUCCACCAAAUCAUCGCAGUAGCGUAUGAGCUGCUACAUGCAGAGCACAUCGCACUCUACGUGCGCGAUGAAGGCACCGACGACUUCUAUCUCUUCGUCACUGAUAGUAAAGACGAGAUGUUCUUGAAAGCACACAACGGUAUCGUCGGCGUCGUCAUGCGCACUGGACAGCUUAUACUUACCAAUGCGGCUCCAACACACCAAGCGUUCGACCCAAAGUACGACGAGUUCUGGGCAUCACUGAAGACGAAGCAGGUGCUUUGUGCGCCUGUCAAAGAUGCGAGUGGUCAAGUCUUGGCAGUCGUGAGCGCCACCAACAAGGUGGACGGAGACGAGUUUACAGCGGACGACGCGUUGUAUCUCAAUUACGCCGCAGAAGCCGCAGGGAUCUCGCUGCACAAGUCCAACCUCCUACGCGCAGUGUUGAUGUCACAGCGCUUGACUGAGGCUCGAUUGCAACUUGCUGACUUCGUGAGCAGCAACGGGGAGCGAGCGUACAACAACUCCAGUCACGAACCUGAAGAUGAGACCAGUGCUGCAGCCUCAGUCGCCAGAUUUGUGCGAGUCGUUAUGGCAGAAGGUAGAAAAUUGCUUCAUUGCGACCGCUUCGGCUUCUUGUUAGUGGAUCCGUUGAAAAAAGAGCUCUGGAUCACUCAAGAAGACGAAGAAAGAGUCCGGAUGCCGCUUACCAAAGGCCUCUCGGGGCUUAUCGCUACAACAGGGAAGACUGUCAACACACGAGACGCUUACACUCAUCCACACUUCGACCCUAGUCUUGAUCGUAAGACUGGAUACCGUACCACAAGCGUCCUUGGCAUGCCCGUAUUUGAGGAUCACACACCCACGAACCCAAAGAUCGUGGCGGUCGUCAUCGCCAUCAACAAGAAAGACGAUGGCGCUACAAACGCCACAGAAGACGAAGCUUCUCGUCGAAAUUCCAGACAUCGUGUGCCUUUCACUACAAGUGACGCCGAAUGUAUGACACAGUACUGUCGAGAAAUCCAGUUCGCACUCGGUCGAUUGUCGCUGGAUAUCUCGUACUAUAAAGUAGUGUCGGACUGCGGCCUUAGCGCGCCUGGCGAGAUCGUCUCAUCAAUCGUGCAGAAAUACUGUCAAUCGAGCGAACUCGACGCUCUGGAGGAAAUGGCAACUGCCGCUUAUGCUGACGAUCCCGAUGAGCACACGACACCAUUUGCUGCUAUCCCGUUCCCUCCGCGAAACCCUCAGCGACGAAUCUCAACACCCCGAGAGAAUGGACAUGUGAUUGGUGUCGGUGACGUGACACGUUGGGACUUUAGCUGUCUGGAUCUCUCCAACGCAGACAUCUUCGCAGCAGUGUCAGUCCUCUUUCACUCGCUUGGUUUAUUGGAGCGUUUCCAGGUGGCACAGGACACCUUCUCGACGUUUCUUUCACAUGUGGCGUCUCAUUACCGACCGAACGCUUACCACAACCUGCAACACGCUUUCCAAGUCACACACGCGACGUAUUGUCUGCUUCGUCGCUCCGGUGUAGCGCAUUCGUACUUCGCUCGAGUGGAGAUCUUUGCCAUGCUCAUCGCUGCCUUGUGUCAUGACUUGGAUCAUCCUGGUAACACCAACGACUUCGAAGUCAAGACACAUAGUCAACUUGCACUCACACACAACGACGACGCCGUUCUGGAGCGUCAUCACUGUCGCGUUGCCUUCAUUAUCUUGAGCCAUCCAGGCGCAAAUCUCUUCGGUCAAUUGCCCACGCGGGCUUGUUUCGUGUACGUGCGUCGCCUGCUCAUCCACUGCAUCUUGGCGACAGACAUGGCCAAGCACUUUGAGAAGUGCAAGGCGCUGGAAAGUCUCUCGAAACGUCAUCUCCUUGUCAACAAUAACGGAGGCAAAGGAGCGAAGCGAGGACGCAGUAAACAUCGCUUUGUCUUCAUGACAAUCCUUAUCCACGCAGCAGAUUUAUCCAGUCAAGCCCUGCCGUACACUCAAGCAGCUCGCUGGGGCAUGCGUGUCCUCUCCGAAUAUCAGCAACAAGCGAAGAGCGAAGCCGAACUGCAUUUCCCAGUCGAAUCCUUCAUGGCCAAUCUGCAUCACGCUGAGACGCGAGUCACCGUGCAGCUCAACUUCAUCAAUUACGUGCUACGUCCCAUCUGGUUGCCACUAGCCACGUUGUGUCCUGCCAUGAAGGUAUACGCAGACUCGUUAGAAUCCAAUCGGGAGCGCUACAAAGCUGAACUGGAUAAACUCCAGCGAGAAGCGGCAGAAGUCGAAGAAUUGGCAAGAGUGAGCGUCCGUGGAGCCAGCUCUCGUAAGCUGGUAGAGCGCGUAUCAAGCACGAGACGUCUACUUGAUCAAAACUGA